AUGUCUACCGCGGCAACUCAGCCUCUCCGACAAGGAGAUCCAGGUGACGAUUCCACUCAACGUGGUUGUACAUCAUGGCUACUUAUUUCAAUUGUGGUUUUGACAACAACCACAGCAUUUGUAUUUGGUUGGGGUUUAGCUGCUCCCAAUAUGUACAAUAAGUACACAGAGCCGUUUCUUAACAAACAGGAUCCAUGUAAAACUCAUCCAGUACAUAAAUCAGAAUUCAAUCCUACAAUAGAAGGUUCUAUCGAAUCAGACAACCAAAAUGCAGCUGAAAGAACUCAAUUCGAUAAUAGUGACGUAACUAGAGAUGAAGAUGGCAAUGUUAUUGUAAACGAACCUGCUGAGAAAAAGAAAGUUACUGAACCAUUUAACUUUUUUGGCGAAUUAAUCAAAGGUAUUCCACAAACGGUAUUUCUUAUUGGUGCAUUUAUUGGAGCUGUUACUGGACCAUUUUGGGUGAAUUUAUUUGAUCGUAAACGAACAGUUUUUGCUAAUUACAUAUUUUGUUUUGCAUCAUCACUUUGUGUUUUAUUGGCUUCUUAUUUGGGUCAGCCAUGGUUAUAUUAUUUAAGUCGUCUUCUACUUGGUUAUCAAGGCGGCAUGGCAUGUGUUGUUGUACCACCAUUUAUUGGAGAAAUUUCAUCACAAAAAGUUCGUGGCGCAGCUGGUGCUGCUUUUCAACUUGCAUUAACAAUUGGUAUUCUUGUCGCACAAAUUGUUGGCUUACCAAUUAUUGCUGGAACAUGUCGAGCUUGGGGUUGGGGUCUUGCUAUAGUAUUUUUAUUACCAUUGGCUGGUAUUUUUCUUCUAACACUUUUACCUAAUUCACCAACACAAAUGAUUGGAAAAUAUAAUGAUGAAGAACAAGCUACAACUGAUUUAAAAAAAUUACGUGGAACAAAUAAUGUUCAUGCUGAUCUUGAUAUUAUUCGAGAACAAACAAGACAAACAAGUGGAGGUAAACAAGAUUCAUUAUCAAUACCUCAAGUACUUGCAUCAGCUCGCUAUCGCUGGCCUAUGUUAGUAACGGUUAUUCUUCAAUUAUCACAAGCAUUAUCUGGUAUUAAUGCUGUUUUUUUCUAUUCAUCUAAAAUGUUUGAAAAAGCUGGUAUUCCUGAACAUUUAAUACCCUAUGCUAAUAUUGGUACAGGUGCAAUUAACGUAGCUGCAACAAUUAUAUCAGUAUUUUUAAUUGAUAAACUUGGCCGACGAGUAUUAGUUAUUUAUCCAAUGGCUGUUAUGGUUUUUGUAUUUGCUGCUCUUACAGCACUUGUUGAAGUUAAUGAAACUCGAAAUAGUGCAACAUUGGGUGCUAUUACCGUUGUAUUUAUAUUGAUAUUUAUUGUUUGUUUUGCUGUUGGUCUUGGUCCAAUUCCAUUUUUAUUCAGCAGUGAAGUUUGCCGACCAGAAGCUCGAGAUGCUGUUCAAUCAUUAGGUUUAGUUGCUAAUUAUUUGGGAAAUAUUCUUCUUUCAUUAUUUUUCCCUGCACUUAAUUCAAUUCUUGGUGGUUAUGUAUUUUUAAUUUUUCUUGUACUUGUUUUACUUAAUGUUGCCUUUCUUUGGUUCAAAAUGCCUGAAACAAAAAAUAAGUCAAUUGAAGAUGCUGAACGAUUUUGGAAAAUAACACAAUCACUACCAACAAAAGAAGCCGCACCCUUAUCACCAACCAAUGCAUAA